AUGGUUUUGUAUGAAUCAUAUAUAGCCUUAAAUAAACAUAUAAAAAAAGAAGACGUGAAAAAUUUAAUGAAAAAUUUCAAUUUUAUUAUAAAUAAAUAUAAUGGUAAUAUUAUAAAUAUAAAUGAUUUAGGUUGGAGAAAAUUUGCCUUUUGUAUAAAAAAGCCAAAGGUAGGUACAUUCCACUUUGCUAGAUUCUAUUGUAUUACAUUUUAUUCUAAUAGUAAAAGUAUAAAAGAUUUAAAUGAAUUUUUUCACAGUAAUACCUUUAUUCUAAGAUUUUUGAAUGUUAAAAUGAAAUAUAGAUCAAAUUUUUUGGUUGCACCUUUUACUCAUAUAAAUGAAUAA